UAGAAAUAGCUUAAAGAAUUUGCACGAACACCAUGGCGCUUCCACCCUUGUCACUGAAUUCUCGCACUUCUUCUGCUUCGUCGGUUUGCACUUGCCCCUUAUCCCCUUCUUUCUACAACCUUCUUAUCCAACCCCAAAACCAUUCUUUGAGCAACCCCAGAAACCUCGUCAGAUUCAGAAUUUCCUGUUCUGAGCAGACGGUCCAGGUUGAUACCCUUCAAUCUCGGAGAACCAGAUUAGUAUCUUCCGAGACCGGAAACACGAAGAGGAAGCCCAGGCCGAGCUUCUUUGAGCAAAUCAGGGAGAAAUGGUCCCUCAAACUGGGUUCUACGAGAGAGAAAUUUCCAUGGGAGGAACCUGAACAACGAGAAAAGCUAGAGCAGAAGGAACAAGAGGAGAACCGGGAUUUUUCUGGGGCUUCCGUAUCUGAAUCAGAAGUUGAUGAUAAAGAGUCGGUGAGUGAGCCAGCGAGUUUUGUUUUAUCGAACGUGUUUGUUCCGGCUCCUUGGGUUCAUAGAAGUAAUACCAAGAAUUUUCGAAUUGAUUCUGAACCUGAAGUCCCCCAAAAGCGUCGUGAAAAAAACGGAACUUCUGAUGGGUCUGGCGGGCCAUUGAGAAAUGGUGUUGUUAAAGGAGUUGCCGAAAGAGAUGAAAGUGUGGAAAUUCGUCAACAAGAAGUUGUUCGUAAUGGCGAGUGUGAGAGAGAAGGUGAUAUGUUUGCCGAAAUUCCAAUUGGGGUUAAAAAAGGCAAGGAGACAAAGGUAUGGAUUGGCAGAAAUGCAGUUUCUUCGAAGGAAAAGCCAUCUGGGGAAGCUGGAAAUUUUGAAAAGAAUGUGGCUUCUGUGGAUGGUAAUAGUGGCUCAAUUAGGCUACCAUGGAAGAGAGAGGAAUGUGGUAUGAGGAGGAGCAAUACGGAGUUGGCUGAGAGAACACUUCCGGAACAUGAGCUGCGGAGACUAAGGAAUGUAGCUUUGAGGAUGCUGGAGAGGACAACGGUUGGCGUUGCGGGAAUUACACAGGCUUUGGUGGAUUCUAUGCAUGAAAAGUGGAAAUCUCAUGAAGUGGUGAAGUUGAAAUUUGAAGGGCCUCUUGCGGUUGACAUGAAAAGGACCCAUGAGAUUUUAGAGGCUAAAACGGGAGGUUUGGUUAUAUGGAGGUCAGGCAGUUCUGUUGUGUUGUACAGGGGAAUAGCCUACAAACUUCCUUGUGUACAAUCAUAUACCAAACAAAGUCAGACUAACAUAAAUAUGUUGGAAGAUUCAAAGGUUGCUGGUAGUGACGCUACACAUAACAUGGGAGUAGACACAUAUAGAGCUAGAAAACCUUUUAUCCCUGAUUCUGCGAAGUAUUUGAAGGAUCUAUCUGAAGAUGAACUGAUGGAAUUUAGUGAUCUCGACCAUUUGUUAGAUGAUUUGGGUCCACGCUUUACUGAUUGGACAGGUCGUGAACCAUUGCCUGUGGAUGCAGACUUGCUUCCUGCAGUGGUUUCUGGAUAUAGACCUCCAUUCAGACUUCUUCCUUAUGGAUUAAGACAUUGUCUAAGAAACAAGGAGAUGACAUUCAUCCGUAGGCUUGCUAGAACAAUGCCUCCACAUUUUGCUUUAGGAAGGAGCAGAGAACUGCAAGGUCUUGCAAGGGCUAUGGCAAAGCUAUGGGAAAGAAGUGCUAUUGCAAAGAUAGCCAUCAAACGUGGUGUACUGAAUACACGGAACGAGAGGAUGGCAGAAGAACUGAAGAAAUUGACAGGGGGCACAUUGGUUUCGAGAAACAAGGAAUAUAUUGUUUUUUACAGGGGCAAUGAUUUCUUGCCUCCAGCUGUUACAGAGGCAUUGAAAGAGAGGCGGAAACUAGCUGAUCUCCAACAAGAUGAGGAAGAUCAUGCACGACAAAGGGCCCUGGCCUUAAUUGAGUCAAAAGCCAAAGCUUCCAAAGGUCCAUUGGUGGCUGGAACCCUUGCUGAAACCAAGGCAGCAACAUCUCGCUGGGGAAACCAGCCAACUGGUGAAGAUGUUCAGAAAAUGAUCAGAGAUUCAGCUCUGACCAGACAUGCUAUGCUAGUCAGAUACCUUCAGAGUAAACUAGCUCUUGCAAAAUGGAAGCUUAAGAAGGCUGAGAAGGCUUUAGCAAAAGUGCAGGAGUAUCUGGAACCAGCAGAUCUCCCAACUGAUUUAGAAACCAUAACUGAUGAGGAGAGAUUUUUAUUUCGUAAGAUGGGUUUGAGCAUGAAACCCUUUCUGCUUUUAGGGAGGCGAGGGGUUUACGAUGGUACCAUUCAGAACAUGCACUUACAUUGGAAAUAUCGUGAGUUGGUAAAGAUAAUUGUGAGAGGAAAAAGGUUUGAACAAGUCAAGCACAUUGCUAUUUCUUUGGAAGCUGAGAGUGGUGGAGUGCUGGUAUCUUUAGAUAAAACUACCAAAGGGUAUGCAAUUAUCGUAUAUCGUGGGAAGAACUAUCUACAGCCUCAAGGACUAAAACCGAAGAAUCUCUUGACAAGAAGGCAGGCAUUGGCUCGGUCAAUUGAACUUCAAAGGAGUGAGGCACUUAAGCAUCACAUCUCAGACUUACAUGAGAGAAUUGAGUUGGUGAAAUCUGAACUGGAAGAUUUGAGUAAUGGGAAAGACAUUGAUGACUCAAAAACCUUGUACUCAAGAUUGGAUGAUCCCAAUGUUUCUGAUGAUGACAUGGAAGAGGACAAAGGGGAAGAAGCAUAUCUUGAAAUAUAUGACGGUGGUCGUGAAGAUAUCAAUGAUCAAAAUAUGUAGUUUCGACGAGUUUAAUCCUCCAUUAUUUUCUUGAAGAUUAAGCAUUGCGGAUUCUGAAGAAAAUUCAUUAAUUACCGAGGUCAAGCAUUUUACGAGAUGGUUACAAAUAUGAUUGCAAAUGCUUGUUAAUGGAGAGCUUGUCAAACAUAUUUUCAUCAACUUAGAUCGUCAACAGUUGAUGUAAUUCUGCUGCUGGGGUACAAACAUUGUUUUGUAAAAUCAGCUUAUUAGCAGCUGUAAGUGCUAGGAGUAAGAUAAUCAUAACAUUAUCACCAGAUUUUCUUUCUAUUUUGCUACUGCUAGGACACAUGUAAUAAAUUGCUGUAUAUAUAUUGAUUCGCCAAAGUUUUAUUAAGGAAUCAA